UGAACAAGAAGAAGCAGCUAGACUUGAAAGGGAGAGGAUUGAACGGGAGCAUAUGGAAAAGCUUCAAAGGUGGAAAACAGAAUUCAGAGCUUAUACAAAGUGGGAACAUUAUAUUGCUUGUGAUGGAAGUCCUGACCCAACUGUACUGCAGGAAAUAAAUACUUUCAUGAACUUAUGGCGCGAAGAUCAAAAUAAGGACAUUCCAUUUGUGAUGGAGAGGGGAGAACAGGUGCUAAAUUUAAUUGAGAAGUUGCAGUUUCUUUUGUUGGACACACCACCAAGUGAGAUAACAGAAAAAGAAACAGCUCAGUACCAGGAAACGAUUCUGGAAUUGGAGAAUCUUCUUCAUCAGAAGUACAAUGAAGCGACAGAACAGCUGCUUAAAUCAGCUAUUAUGUAUGAAGAUUCUGACACUGGAAAUAUGCAGACAGUCAUAAAGGAUAAAAAUGUUACUUUCUGUAUUUGGGCCAAUCUGAAGAAGAAAGCAAGAUUCAAGAAUCAUGUCUUUUGUGACACACAUCAUGGAUUUGAUCUUCCAAAGUCACUGGCUGUGAGCAGCAUUGCUGUUCGCAUAUUGCACACCCACUACGACCACAUAUCUCCACUUUGGCUGCAGUGCCAAAGAGUGCCAAGACUGGAAGUCUUAGACAGUGAAGAGUUGACUCAGCAUUCACAAGACAAUGCAGGAGAACCACAAGAGGAAAAGGAAGCCAGAGAGGAGCCCAAAGUGACUACUGGACAAGAAAUGCUUCCUGCUGAGAGAAAUAGUGCCAUUUCAUUUAAAGGAAAUACAAAUGGUAUAACUGAUAUAAAUGAGGUGACAGAAGAGGAAACUGAGAAGAAAUCAGAAAGCUUUGAUAUAGCACCAGAAGUUCAAAUUCUACAGAUGCAGGAAAAGACCAGUGAAGAAGAGGAGAUGAUAACUGAUGAAAACACUGUUGAUUUGCAACGAUUUGUCCCUGUGGGUGGUGUGUACCACAUCGAUGGGCUACAACUUCCACCUCAGGUCCAGCAAAUCAACAGCUGGAGUGUGGUGGAGUUACUUGACAGUGGCUUGGAGGAAUACCCAUAUCCCCCAGAAGAGUCUGAAGACACCACACAUCCACCAAUUCAGAUAACACUCGGACUUCCUGACAGUGUCAUCUUCUGGAAGGAGCCUGUGAUAGCCCGCUGGGAUCCUGCAGGCCAGCAGUGGAGAACAGAUGGCAUCAGCAACAUAACAUAUGAAACAGAGGAGGAAAACAUCACUUUUGAGAUAGAUGCCUUUUAUACAAUAGCAUUUCUCCAGGACAUUCAUCUCAACAUGCCCUAUCAAGCAUGGGAAUUGCGACCCACCAGUACAGAUGAAGCAGUAUUUGUAAUUACCACAGUCUUUGCAGAGGUUCAGAUACAAAUUAAGGGUAAUCAAUGCAUGCUGGCUGCAGUAGUGGUGGGAGAGAAGAACGCGCUUUCCCAGUUGAUAGGAAAAUGGAUGUGCCCUGUCACCUUCAGAAGAGUUUUGAAGAAGUGUGGUCUGAAUAUUUUCCCAGAAGAGUACUCAUACAAAUACAUCUGUGUGAACAAAAAGGCUCCUCUAACAGAAUUUAGGGCAUAUCAACAAAUGGCCCUGGUUGCAUCUGCUUUUGCUUUUGGCUGGAGCAAGUGGAAUCUGGAAUCAGGUCAAGAUCAAGUAGUGUUCAAGGUAAGUGAGCAUCUUAAAGCAGAUUUUGUCAAAGAUGAAGACUGGUCUCUUUACAUGUUUAAUGGUCAGAGAGCACAGAAGCUGAAGAUCACUGAAGUCAGUGAAGCUUUUUCAAUGGAACUAGAAGAAGAUUCUGAAUUUCACUCCUCUCUCUACCACAUGCUGAAAGAUUUUGCCAGCAAAGCAGCAAUUGAUAAAGUGAAUACAGCUAACUUUCUGUUUGUUGAUGUUGUCUAUCAGCUGCUCCUUGCUACGAGAGUUUUAACAUACUCUUAAAUACUUCAUGCUUUCAUUUAAAACUUUAUUAUCAAAAACUUCCAAUAAAGUCACAU